UGCUAGGGACGAUGGUACAUGUUAGACAAAUUCAUGUGGGUAGGGGCACUCAGCCCAAUUCUAAAUUUUACCAUGUAAAUGAUGGCUGGCAUUACAAUAAGAACUGUAUCAAGAAGGGAGUUAUUUACCUGAAGUGUGUCCGUUAUGAGCGAGGUUGUCCUGGAAGAGCUCUGUAUGACAGAAGACGCGGCUUUAUUCAUACGAAGAGGCACGAUCAUCCCCGAAACAGACUUUAUGUUCCAUACAUGAGAUUGCGCAGAAAUAUUUUGCAAAGAUGCAGAAGGCUUGAGUUUGUUUCUUUCAGACAGAUUAUUGUGGAAGAAAGCAGAGGAUUCCCACUUCGAGUGCAAGCUUUAUUGAGGAUGUCUCACAUUCGAUCAUCAAUGCAACGUGUGAGGUAUAGAAGGUUCCCCCCUGUGCCAGCCUCUCUUGAGGAACUCACUAGAAUUCUGCAAAACCCAUUGUAUGCGGUCAUGACUGCAACUCAUGAUGCCGAAGAUAGUCUUUAUGCUGCAAGUGUCACAGCCAGGGAUGGUUCUCACAGUGUACUAUUUAUGACAAGGCGAAUGGCAAAUGUUGCUCGCUCAAUGCAUACUUUGUUUGCUGAUGGAACUUUUAAAUCCUUGCCAUCCAUCGAAGGGCUCAAUAGAGCCUCUCAGGUUUUUGCAUUGGUUGGUAAUUGGAAUCACACCAUCAUACCUCUGGGAUGGGCUGUAAUGCAGCGCCGCACUACUCCAGCCUAUGAGUCGGUAUUGAGAAUUCUGCGUUUGAUUCUAAGGAAUGCACCAAAUCUUAGGAGAAUCAUAACAGACUUUGAACCAGGAAUGCGGAGAGCAUGGUCUAAUAUUUUUCCUGACGUCCAUCUCCAAGGAUGCUUUUUUCAUUUUGUUCGUGCAUUGAUUAGUUAUGCAAAAGAAGAGUUGAACAUGGCCCUUCUCUUGAGGAGAGAACCUUACUCCGAGCUCAUGAAGUCUUAUUGUUCCUUGGCUCUCCUUCCACGGCGAUUCAUUCGCAGAGGUUACAACCUGUUGGUGCAAGAAACACGGCAGCAUGGAGGUCGAGUUUAUGGGAGAAUGAGGCCAUUCUUGGCGUACCUUCUGCGAAGCUGGGUAGCUCACCCUGUUAAGAGGCCAUGGAUGUGUGUUUAUGGAUCCAUCCACCGCACCAACAACACUUGUGAAAGCCACAAUAAAAUGCUUGGAAACUUUGCCUGUGUGCCUCAUCCCAAUACUUACAACUUUAUAAGUGCCUUGGCGUCAAUGGAAGAAAAUGCCCUUGCUGACGUAGAGGCCUUAGAACUUGGAGAGCAGCCUAAUCGGAGGCGUAAACUGAAAUCAAUCAUUUUAGACCGCCGCUUGAGAAACCUGGCUGAAACCCUGAACAAUCCUCCUGGAAACCUGGAUCAAGCAAUUCUUCGAUACAUACAUGCAGCAUCCCAUACCUUUGACACUGCAUACAGAAAUGCAGUAGAAGGAAAUUAGUGGGUUUGUUUAUGUACCAUCAAAUGCACCCUCUACCUUGUGUACUAUGACCCUGUCUAAACCUAUGUGAUUCUAUUUUUUGGAGUGCUUUUUAUCAUGUAAUCCCUGGCUACUGAUCCAUUGUUUUAAUGCUUAUACUCAACAAACACUAGUUUUAUUCAAACAAAGGAGAGUGCACACUGGGUUGACCAAAUCCUAAAUCCUAUUACUUCGAAAUCCCUCCUUGUCUUUCUGUAUCCAAAUCAUUUCAAUCAUCCUUCUCUUAUCUGUGUAAGUUCGACCAUGAAACCCAAAUUGAAGUGAGUCAUCGUGUUCCAAGCAAAUUGAAUUUUGCACCUAGUCAAACCAAUGGAAAGUUUCUAUGAUUUUACUGUUAUAAAAAUUAUGUUUAUGCUAAUUCAA